CGGCUUCUCCAUGGCCUGGGUGCCAGUUCCCGGCUGAGGCAUUUUCCUUUUGGCUAACAGCCCCCGCCCAGAGGCCGAUUCGUCGCGGCGGCGGUGGAGAUCGCAGGUCGCUCAGUCUUGCAGAUGGGUCAGGGGCUGUGGAGAGUGGCCAGAAACCAGCAGCUGCAACAGGAAGGCUAUAGUGAGCAAGGCUACCUCACCAGAGAGCAGAGCAGGAGCAUGGCUGUGAGCAACAUCUCUAAUGCCAAUCCUCGUAAACAAGUCCAAGGCGGCAUCGACAUAUAUCAUCUUCUGAAGACAAGGAAGUCUAAAGAACGGGAAGGAUUCAUUAACUUGGAAAUGUUGCCUCCCGAGCUAAGCUUUACCAUCUUGUCCUACCUGAACGCAACUGACCUUUGCUUGGCUUCGUGUGUUUGGCGGGACCUGGCCAAUGACGAGCUUCUCUGGCAAGGGUUGUGCAAAUCCACUUGGGGUCACUGUUCCAUAUACAAUAAGAGCCCACCUCUAGGGUUUUCUUUUAGAAAAUUGUAUAUGCAGCUGGAUGAAGGCAGUCUCACGUUUAAUGCCAGCCCAGAGGAGGGAGUGAACUACUUUAUGUCCAAGGGUAUCCUAGAUGAUUCGCCAAAAGAAAUAGCAAAGUUUAUCUUCUGUACAAGAACAUUAAAUUGGAAAAAACUGAGAAUUUAUCUUGAUGAAAGGAGAGAUGUCUUGGAUGACCUUGUGACACUGCAUAAUUUUAGAAACCAAUUCUUGCCAAAUGCACUGAGAGAAUUCUUUCGUCAUAUCCAUGCCCCUGAAGAGCGUGGGGAGUAUCUUGAAACUCUUAUAACAAAGUUCUCACAUAGGUUCUGUGCUUGUAACCCUGAUUUAAUGCGAGAACUUGGCCUUAGUCCUGAUGCAGUCUAUGUGCUGUGCUACUCUCUGAUUCUCCUUUCCAUUGACCUCACUAGCCCUCAUGUGAAGAAUAAAAUGUCAAAAAGAGAAUUUAUCCGAAACACCCGUCGUGCUGCUCAAAACAUCAGUGAAGAUUUUGUAGGGCACCUUUAUGACAACAUCUACCUAAUUGGCCACGUGGCCGCAUAAAAGCACAAUUGCUAGGACUUCGACCUUUAACUUCAAACUAAAACUGCUGCAGGACUUAUCUGGCAGGUACGGGAGUUAGGGGAGUGCUGGUCAUUCUAGCCUCUGUAUACAAUCAAGCUUGAGUGUACAACCUUUUUGUUUUUCUUUUACUACUUUCUUUUUUAGUAAUUUCCUUGGGAAACUAAAGAAUUUUGCAGAAUUUUUCUUAAUUUUGCUUAUCAUGUUUUGCACAAAGCAGAGCCAUUGUCUGACAUAACUAUUUAAGAAUGUAAAACUGACACUAGUUUAGAAGACGGUGUAUUUGUGCAUUAGAUUUGCCUGAAAAACUAUGCCCAGUUCCAUUCUUUUUUAAAAUACCAUGUAAUGUGUACAUAUUUAACUAAAGAGAUUUAUAAUCAUAAUUAUUUUAUUGUAAAGAUUUUAACUAAAGUUUUUCCUUUUCUCUCAAACUGACUUCCGUAUUUAUUUGAUUCUGAUCUGAGGUUAUUGUCUGUGUAAAAGUUGGAUCUGACUUCAGAUAGACUGCAAUACCAACUUCCUUUUUCUUUGAACUUUGAAAAGGGUAUUUAUUUGUUACUAUAUGACUUUGCAAAUUAGCACUUAUUUUUAUAUCAUUUGAUUUUUUAUUCUUAAAACUUCUGCUUUAGUCAGGUCUUGAUUAGUCCUUAAACCAUUUAGGAUAGCAAAAUAUGUUAAAAUCUAGAAUUUGCAUAACAAGAACAAAACGUUAUCAGAGCUUUAGUAAAUCUUUUCUUACUUGUAUCCAAGUAAUGAGUCAGACUUUACCAUUCUCCCAAUCCUGAUGAUCUCUGUACAGAAUCAGUUGAGAAAGGGCUAUUGUGAAAGCAUUCUGCAUUCAUUCAUUAAGUAUCUGUGAAGGACCUACCAUGUGUUAAGCACUGUGCUACGUACCAGGGAUGCCUAGACAUGGGCUCUGCCUUCACAGGUGUCAUGUGAUUGGUAAUGAGAGGAAGGGUACUGCUUAAUGAAGAGCAAAUGUAUCAAGUAUAUCUUAACUAACCCACUAAAACCCACUGCCGUCGAGUCGAUUCCGACUCAUAGCAACCCUAGAGGACGCAGUAGAACUGCCUCAUAGAGUCUCCAAGGAGCACCUGGUGGAUUCGAACUGCAGACCUCUUGGUUAGCAGCCGUAGCACGUAACUACUACACCACCAGGGUUUCCAUAUCUUAACUAGCAAUUAUUUAAUAAUUAAAAUACAAAGCGUUAGAACAAUAGGUAGCAAUGAGUUUAUAUCAUAAUUCAGAAAUUCCCUGGAAAUACCUCUAAGUAAAAAACAUCAGCUUUAGAAUUAAACACUAUGUUAUGGGCAUAGCUGCUAUUUAUGGGGGGGAGGGGACUGAGGAAUAUAGAAACUCUGUACCAGAGGCUUGUUACCAAUUGCCAGUCUGACACAAAGGGUUCUUGUCUUUUCCCGAGUAAGAAUACGCGCGAAAGACAAACUUCAGCAAGCUUUAUUUUGCUUGAGUCAAGCAAAAGGAGUCAGCGGGGAUCUAAGCCUCUCCAAAAGGGAAGCAAGGCUAGGGCUUAUAUGGGCUCAGUGGAGACAGUAGAGUAAUGAAUAUUUGGUGGGCUUCGUUCAAGGGGAGGGUACUUCUCAGAAUGGCAGUGUAUGUUAAUUAGAUUGCACGGGCAUCUGGAACCUAAGAUGGAACCUGCUGAUAUUCAAGAUGGAGUCCUCUCGGCAGCCCUUGGCAUCACUUAUUAUGGGAUAUAGCACAAGAGCACUUGAUCUUCAGCACUACAUCGCCGUCUUUGGAGGGCUAAGGAAGGUCAAACAGCAGUUACGCUCUGCUCCUCUGUACAUGCUGUGACUGCAAAGGAGCAGGGGACUAGAAAAACACCAAGAAGGAGAUUGUAAUUCAUGGGUUGUUUCAGUCUUUCCUCAUGUCAACUUCUAGAUAGUAAUCUUUUAACACAUCUUUUGUUCAGCUGCCAGCACAGUUAACCCUCUCUUUCUCAGGCUUCCUUUAAGAUUUGGCCCUAAGUCAGUAGUGGUUGGUAAUAUUACGAUGGAAUGAUGCAGUACAGAUUUUUCAGGGAUAAAACGUAAGGUAACCAAACAAUUUUUUAAUGUUAAACAGGCUUUUUGUUUUUGUUAAGUGCCAUCGAGUCAGUUCUGACUCAUAGUGACGCCUUGUUCAACAGAACAAAACACCCAUCCUCACAAUGAUCGCUGUGCUUGAGCCCAUUGUUGCAGCCACUGUGUCAGUCCAUUUUGUUGAGGGUCUUCCUCUUUUUCACUGACCCUCUACGUUACCAAGCAUGACAUCCUUCUUUUAGACUGACAAAGUCUAAAAGGGACUUUUAGGCUGACAAUAGAGUUUCUAAUAUUCUAAAGCAUAUAUUUAAAUAAUUUUCAUAUGUGCAUAAAUUUGAAUUCUAUGACAAAAUCUAAUUUUUAACUUAAAAACUGAUUAAAUUUCAAAGACAAAGAGUAGUGGUAUUAUUUAUUGUGGCUCCUGUUGUCCUGUGAAUGGGAACUUGCCCUCUCCCUUUGCUUACUCUCUCCUAUCUUUUCUGCGUUUUUUUCCAUCCUUGUCUCUCUGCCUUUCUGUUUUAGUUUGACUAUCUCUCUUGUUUUUUGUAUCCCUUAUUCCCUAAUUUAUUUUCCUUUCUUCCCCCCACCCUGAUCUCAUUACAAAUAUAUUGGUAAUAUUCUUUUUUCCCACAUUUUCUUAUGAAAAAUUUCAAACACAUAGAAAAAUUGAGAUUUUACAAAUAGUACCUAUAUACUCACCACCUAGAUUCUAUAAUUAAAAUUUUACUGUAUUUGCUUCAUCAUGUAUCUACCCAUCCAUCAACCCCACGUUACGUUGAUAUAGGUCAACAUCAGUACAUGGCUUUCCUAAAGACUUCAAUUUGCAUAGCAUUAACUAGAGAUUUGGGGGGGGGGUUGGGGGGGUAAAAUUUGCAUACAGUAAAUAUAAAUCUUUAGUAUGCUUAAGUAGUAUAACAAAUCCUCACAAAUGCAUAGUUAUGUAAACCAAGCCACUAUUAUAUAACUUUAUGCAGCCUUUUUGCAGUUACUGUUGCACCACUUCACAUAAAAUACAGAGAUCUUGUAACUGUAUAGUCCUAUUUACCUUCUCCCCUCAUCCUUUAUCUUACAAUUCUUAUUACAUAUAUUUUCUAAACUCCAAAAUAUAAUGUUAUAAUUUGCUUUAAACAGUCAUAUGCAUUUUUAAGUAGAUUAAGGAAGAAGUACUAUUUUAUUUUUAUUCACAUUAUCAUUUAUAAUGCCCUUAUGCCUUCCUAAAAAUUCAGGUUUCUUUCUAGUAUCAAUCCUUUCAACCUGAAGAACUUAAAAAAAAAAAAAAUUAUUACAGUUCCAGUCUGCUGGAAAUUAAGUAAUUAGUUCUCUUUUAUCUGAAAAUAUUUAGUUUUCCUUCUUGAAUAUUUUGAGGAUUUUCAUUGACUGUUUUUGUUUCUUUUUUCCUUUUGGCACUUUAAAGAUGUUCCAGGGUCUUCUCACUCCAUUGUUUCCAAUGAAAAGUCAGUAGUUAUUCAAAUUGUUCUCCCAUGUAUAUAAUAAUGUAAUUUUUCUCUGGCUGCUUUGUUUCUUCAGAUAUUUUUUUCAGCCCCAUUUUCUCCUUUUUCUCCUUCUGGGACUCCAAUUACACAUAUACUAGACCUCUUGAUACUGUUCUACAGGUCUGUGAGGCCCUGUUGAUUUCUUUUUUUGAAUCUUUUUUUAUCUUUGGAUUGAAUUAUUUCUCUUGAUCCAUAUUCAAGUUCACUGACAAUUUUAUAACUCUCUUUUAAGCCCAUUCAAUUAAUUUUUUAUUUCAAUUAUUCUGUUUUUUAGUUCUGGAAGUUCCACUUAGUUGAUUUUUAUAUUUCUUUUUAUGCUAAGAUUUCUACCUUUACAUCCAUUAGAAGCACAUUUUCCUUUAUAUCCUUGGUCAUAGUUAAAAUAACUGCUUAAAAAUCCUUAUCUUCUAAUUCCAAUAUCUGGACCAUCUCAGUGUCAGUCUUCUUUGAUUGUCUUUUGAGAUUUGGUCACAUUUUCCUGUUCCUUUGUAUGCUGAGUAACUUAUAUUGUGUCUUGAACCUAGUGAAUGAAAUGUAGAAGCCCUAAAUUCUGAUAUGUUCCUCCAAACACUUAAAAAAAGAAAGAAAAAAACAGGUAGUUAGUUUGGCUGAACUUUGGCUGCAAGCUCUGGCUCCCCUGUAUCUGGUGGCCACUGAAAUUUCAGUUCAGUUCUAUAACCUGGCUCCUCUACUUGGAGUCUGUCUUGUGCAUGUACUCUUCUCUGGUUCUCUCCUUGCCAGGGUUUCCCCCUUGCAUUUUCUAGCAGCUGUCAUUGCCCCAAACUCUGUUCUAUGGUUCUUUAAGCCAACAAAACUAUAGGUCUCUACGUGGUGCAGACUUGGCACUACCCUCUGGCUAAAAGCUAUAAAAGUGGGAAACUCAACUGAUGCUCUCCUUUCUUCCAAGUGUUCUCUCCCUUACAGAAUCAGCCUUCCUUUGAUUGCUUUCCCUUAUUUUCAGGUAGUUGAUUUUUAUAUUUCAUCCAGAGCUUAUGGUUUUAUCUGUUGGAGGGUCGGUCUGAAAGAUCUACCUGGUCAUGACUUGAAGUAGAAACACCACCCCCUGAUUGAGCAGUAUUCUUUUUACUAUUUCUUAUGCCUAAUGAAUAGAGAUUUAGUCCUGGUUAUUUGUAAAACUAGCUAAGUAGAAAUUUUUUAAUAUUCUGUCUCCGAAAAGACUUAAUAGUAAAUAUUUAUAUAGUAAAUUGGCAAUUCAGUGUUUCUCAGUGAGGAUGCUACUGACAUUUUGGGAAGUAUGUUCUUCAUUACAGGAGACUGCCCAUGCAAGGUAGGACAUAAGCAUGCCUGGAUUCUGCCUACUAGAUGCCAGUACCACUCCCAAGUCAUCAUGAUGUACAAAUGAUGUUCCCACAUAUUUCCAAGUGCCUGCUGGGGAGGCAGUUAUCACCUUAUGAUGGUCAAGGUUGUAUAUUAACUUGGCUGGGCCCUGAUUCUCAGUGGUUUGGCAGUUACAAUGUAGUUUGGCAGCUAUGCAAUGAUGUGAUCUGCUAUAAGUAGCCAAUCAAUUCAAAGGGCGUUUCCUUGAGGGUGUGGCCUGCAUCCAAUAUAUGUGGGCUUUCUGGCAAAGCUCACUGGCUGUAUCUGGCUCACCAUCUGACCUCUGGUUUUUGGGAACUGAGCUAGCAGCUUACCUGCCAGUCUUCAGAUUCAUCACCCUUAGCAGCCUGUGAGCCAGUGGCCUGUUGUCUUACCUUCCAAUCUUGCAAUUUGUCAUCCUCUGCAGCUAUGUGAGUCAGGAGAAACCUCCAGCCUGACCUACAGACUUGAGAUUUUCCCACCUCUACAACCGCAUGAGCCAUUUCCUUGAUAAAAAUCUCUCUCCACACACACACACACAUGCAUAUAUAUAUAUAUAUAUAUAUAUGCUUCACUGGUUUUGCUUCUCUAAAAACCCAGCCUAAGACACACCUGAGGUUGGGAACUACUGGAUCUUCUUUCAGGUACAUCAGAUUUCUCUUUUAAAACACACAUCUUCUGUUGACACUUAUCUCUUUAAAGUCUUUUGAUGUCUCUUUUCUGCCUACAAAAUGAGAUAUAGCCUCCUUAGCAUGGUGUACAAGAAUCUUCACAGCCUGGCCUCGUCUUAUCUUUAAAGCCUCAUCCGUAACAACAUUUCUCAGUGCGAUCCGGUCUGUCUUUGUCUUUGCACAGCUGUUCUUUCUUUCUGGAAUAUCCUUCUCUCACUUCUGUAUCUAAAGUUCUCCUACUCAUCAUCUAAGAUCUGCCUCAAAUGUAAUUUCUAUCAUACAUACCAUGAGUGUUAAUUGCUGUUGCUUCUGUGAACCACAGCACUUUUUUGUAUCUUUAUUAUAAUAACUCUACUAUAAUUUUCUACAUGCCCAUCACUUUCAUCAGAAUGUGAUCUUAUUAAGGCCAAGGACUGCUCCCAGCCUGCUAGGUCUAUUGGAAAGCCUACACUAGGGAAGAGGCUGAAGUUUUAGAAGAGGAAUGAAUUUUUAAAAAAAAACACUGGAAAUUGGCAGGGUUUAAUGAAUAAUACAAGGACCUGAGAGGAUGGUGAUCUUGUUAUCAAAGAUACCUAGUAGGAGAAGCAACCAGUGGAAUGAAAUGGGAAUGAUAAUAAUCCCAAUUUUGCAUAUUUUCAAUUUUAAAGUGGCAAUAGAACAUUCAUUGAGAGCAGCUGGAGAGUAAGUAUAGAGUUCAAAAAAAAAAAAAAAGGUGAAGCCUGGAUAUGUAAGUUUGGGGAUGUGACCCCAAUACCACCCAGCAUGUUUUCUCCUUUUUCAAAAUGGGCAACUGAGAGCUUAACUAAGGCCAUGAUAAACCUAUAAAUUGUUCUUGCUCUGCCUGCCUCCUCACAUACCUCUGUUAAUGACUUUGUUUUGACAAAAUGUUAAUGACUUUGUUCUUUGUUUUAAACUGAUGUGAAUAACCUUUUGUUCUGGCGGGACUACCUGUGGCAUACGACCUCCCACAGGAAAGUUGGAGCCCAGGUAUCAGAUAUGUAUAUCUUUAGCAUAACAAAGAAAUGUCUGGCAGGGGACUACAAAGACACUUGUAACCCUUGUAAGAGUCUAUAUAAGCUCUAAUGUAGAACUGCUCUUUGGGACUCCACAGAGACAGCCUGUGUUGCUGCUGAGUCCCUGGUAAUGUAUCCAUCCCCUUAAUAAACUUGCUCACUCUUUCUGACUUGGAGUAUGUUUCAUUGGCUCGACUGCUCCAGGGCACGGACCCUAAUCAGGUAACAGGGAUCAUAUUAGUAGCUGAAGUUUAUUAUGCAGAGUGAAAAAAAAAAGAUUUUUUUUUUUUUUUGAAGCAUGGGAAAAGUAAACUCCCCUAGGGAGUAAGUAAAAUAAAAGAAAUAGCUGGGAAGCAUAACAUUUUAGGUUUUGGUAGAGAAAGAUAAGACUUAAAAAGAGGAUUCAUCAAAAUUCUAAGAUCAGAGAAGAAAGGAAUCCCAAGAGCUAAAGGAGAGUUUCAAGAGAAUGCUGAGCUUGUAUUUACUGCAGCCCAUUUUUUUUUUUUAUGUAAACACUUUUUCUUAUCUAUAUUCAAGCCUUUCUGAGUCUAACUUUUCUACUUAGGACUGAGUUCCUUGGAGGCUAUAAAAUUACAGUAAUGCUAAUGGUUUUGACAUUGUCUCUAGCUAAAUACUUUCAUGCCCAAUGUGAAAUCUGAGCUCUACUGCAACUCACGAGAGUACUUAUGGUUCCUUGCAACUCAGACCUGCUUGCACCUUCUUUCCCCACUAAGGGCUGUGCUGUUUCAAGCCCAGAAAAAAACGUACCAGCUGGGUACUGCUAGUAAGUCCUUCCUAUACACAGUCACCAGUUAGUUUUCUAAGGUAUAGAUUGUAUUUAAAAAUGAAGGAAGGAAAGGAGAAAAUUGCUUAAAACUUUUAGAGCCCUCUAAAUUUAUCACUACAGAGUUUUUCUUGAGUACAUGCUGUGAAAAUUAACACUUUCUAAAUGAGCCGGAUUUGACUGGAUGGCAACAGGUUGAUCGAUGGCAACAGGUUAAUCUCGAUAUUUACUAGACGCACCCUGUAUUUUCACCUUUCCAUUCGUUUGCUCUUUUUUUUUCUUCUGGAAUGUUCUUAACCCCUCCCCUGUAUUUACCUGUUGAAAUGUGUGUAUUCAUCCUUCAAAGUCCUCUCAGGUUCUUUUUCCUUCAGGGCCACUUUCUCAGUUCUUGCAGGUGGAAAUAUCCCUUUUUUUUUUAACCCUUCUCAGUUCCUCUGAGAUCUUGGCCCACAACUUUUCUCAAUAAAUCUAAUGGAGUUAUUUAAGUUCUGGUUCAUUUUCUGUACAAGCAUAUAGAAAGACGCCUUUACUAUUUCCAUCUUUAAGAAAAUGUGUCCCGACCAAAGUAUACAUUAAGACAGAUUCAACUUAUGCAGUAUUCUAGAUAUAAAUUCAUCUCUCCAGCAUUUCCAAUUUUACAUAGCUGGAUGAAUCACUGCUACUUUAAGAUUGUCUAAGUUUGUUUUUCUUCAAGAGUUUGUCAUUGAUUUUGUUAUUCUCUGAAUUAGCCUUUUAAAUUUUUUACAAUGUUAUUUUUAUGGUGCUCAAUGAAAGCACCCCUAUUCAGAAGUUUUAAUAUUGAAAGUAGCAACAUAUUUAUUCUAAUCAAAGUUUGUUACCUACCCUAUGUUUCCAGUGAACUUUUUCUUAAAUGCCACUAUUAACAACACAACUGCCUACAGUCUCUUUUUAAGCGUUCUUAAGUGAAUGUGUCCACUUCUGAGAACCCAUCCUAAAAAAAUUACCCAAAAUAAGGAAUAGAUCAUAUUACAUCCUUAAUCAGGUCAUUGUUUUUAGUUAAAAAGAAAACGUGGAAACAACUGAAAUGCCCCAAUCUUACAACUGUUCUAAGAAAUAAUCAAUAAAUAUUUGACUGCACACCACGCACCAGACACUAAGCUAGGCAUUGCUCAAGUAGACAAGGCUACGUCCUCAAGAUAUGCUACUAUGAAGCCAUGAUGUUUGUGAAUAAAACGGGAAAACACUCAUACUAGUAAUAAAUAUUAAAAAGGAUAUCCAAGUGUGCAUAUUUAGGUAUAUAUAUAUAUAUAUAUAUAUGUAUUUUGUACAUAUAUAUACAUACACAUACGUGCGUGUGCGUGUGUGUGUGAGCAGAUUACAAUCAUCACUAUAUAAAACAAAGGAAAAGCCUAUGCAUGGAAGGAAAAGGCUGGAACAAAAUAUACUAAAUAUUAUGGAUAAUGAAUUUUUUUUCUUCUUUAAAAUAUUAUUAAGGGCUGUAUAUUUUAGAUAUAACAAAAUGAAUUCAAGAACCUAUUCAGAAGAAUUGUGUCCCUACUUUAACUAGUAAAAUUUCCUCCCAGAAUGUUUCCAUGUAUGUUAUUUCGAAAUUGUUUUGUUUUUUUAAAAGAUACUUGGUCAGUCAGUUAACUCAAAACUGGACAAAUGUUUUGUUUUCAAGCUUACAGAAGUGGGUUGUUUUAUUUUAUCUCUGUCUAAUUUUUUUUUUUUUUUAAUUGAAUUAAAGACCAAUGAGAGAGAGAUACCAAAUCCUUACUGGGAAAAUUUCCAUUUGUUUUUUAAAAAAAUGGCUUUCUUCUUGGCAUGGUUGGACAGGAAGGUUGGGUUUAAUUUAAAAUGAUUAAUGAGAUUUUGUCAGGAUCCUUGACUUUACCACCACUGCAGUUUGUCAGUACAACAACCUGGGAAGCCCGGACGCCACUCUGUCGCCUAAGACCACUCUCCAGGGACAAAAUUAACCGGCAGGACUAGGGCCAGGUACACGUCAAUGGCAUUGUCUCUCGAGUAUUGACAGCUUAAAAGUCUGAAUCAGAAAUAUGUAUGUUUUGCGGACACACUUACCUAAGAUAUUGUUUUCAGUCUCUUUGCAAGUAGUUAAUCAUUUUUUAAAUAUUUAAAUUGUUGACAUUUUCCAAAGGAAGCUAUUGGAAGAAAUUGUUUUACUAAUGUCUCCUCUCCCUAAUGUAUUUCAAAAAUUACAAUAAUCAAAAAAAGAAUUCUGGGAUCUCAGGUUACUUUUUGUUUUUCUGUUUUUAACUUAAAAAAUUAAGAUGAAGCUCUUUUAAAAAGUAAAACCAUUUUUUGAUUUUGAAAAAACACUUCUUAAAUCUUUAGCAUGACCUAAUUUGCAAUUGAGUUUUUAAAUUAAACUACAAGUUUGCAGUCCAACUUAAUAUACCUUUUUAAAACUUAAUCGUGUACUUAUAUUUUAAAAUAAUCAAUGGCAUGUUUAGCUAAAACCAAAUUACUGAAUAUCACUAGCUACUAGGUGGUGAAUACAGUACAUAUUUUGCUUCUGUGUUUAAUUAACCACCUCAGACAGCAGUACCAAUGCUUAUCAUCUUAUUAAAAAACCUGUCCAGAAGAGUUCAGGAAAAAAGGAAUUUCUUCCAACAAAAGCAUCACAGAAAUGUUCUUGAAGGUAUAAUAAACAUCCAAAGAUGACAUUUAUAAAAAUCGAACAAUAGAUUUGCCUAUGUUUAUCAAAACAAAAAAAUGUACAACGAGUGCUUUCAUGUUAAAUAAUUUCCAUGUCGUUGUCUCUAUUUUCAAUGUGUGCAAAUUUUAGUAUUACUGCAAUUUAGCUGCUUCAUUACACCAUUUUUCCUAAAAAAAAAAAUAUAUAUAUAUAUAAAAUUUUAAAAUAUUUUUAUAUUGCAAAAUGCAUUCGGGGCCAUCAUGUUUAGGAAGGAAUUUGGUUAUUCAUUUUAUCUCAUUUUAGAGUUUCCCGUUCCUACCGUAUAAUUAAUUUCCUUAAUUAAUGUUGGAACAAAGAAAAUAAUUCGUAGUAUUUUCCAAAACGCCAUCCAAAAAAGAUUAUGGUCAUUUCAAUAAUAACGCGGAGAAAUGAGGCCAAGGUCAUAUUGGAUCAGGUGAAAAAGCCUUGUAACAGCACUCACAGGGUGGCGUUUAUUACCAUGACAGAUUUCUGUUGGUCUUGGGUCUGGUUCACAGCCAUGAAGACUCAGAAAUCUGGUUUUGUCAACACACCUCAAGGAAAUGCACUUUCCAUGAGAUUGAUUUUUAAAUCCAGAGCCAAAGGAAAUGUUUCAGUGAUAACUAUGGAUGUGAUCAUUACAUUUUCCUCUUCACCAGCCUACAGAAAGUUGUUUGAUGAUUAUGGAAUCAGAGCAAGGGAAGUUGCCUGAAUCAAAUGCUUGAUGUUUUGUAUCAGACUGAAAUAGCCAAAUGCAUCCAUCUCACGCUAGAGGCGCCUUUGCACAUUUAAGUUCUGAUAGCUAAGAUCACUCUCCCCUAGAUAUUGCCAACAUUUGCUAUCCUGUACUGUUAAAUGGAAAAACUUUUACCCCUCCUUACUGUUUUCCUUUUUCGUUGACUCAGAAUGUCUGUAAUACUUUCUAUUGUAAUUAUAUCAACUUAUUAAAGCCUUAAUAUAGCCAAUCACAUCACAGUGGAGAUCUGCUCUCCUAAAGCCAUUCUGAUCCAUUUUGUGCUUCCUCACCAUUGAACUUUAAGGGAAAUCUCAUUCCUCACACAUUCAAGUUCUGCCAUGCAUAUUUUCCUAUACAUAUUCGAGUUCACUAUAGCCCCCAAGGAGCCCUAGUGGCACAAUGCUUAAGAGCUCAGCUGCACACCAAAAGGUCAGCAAUUUGAAUCUACCAGCUGCUCCUUGGAAACCCUGUGGGGCAGCUCUACUCUGUCCUAUAGGGUCGCUCAGUGGCAACAGGCUUUAGUAUAGCCCCCAAGUACCUAAAACAUGACCUGAAAUUAGGGCAUGAUUUUGCAUCACAGUGAAGUUUUAAUUCCUGAAGUAUUCACAUCAGCAAGCACUUAAAGAGGGCCCUGUUUGUACAAGGAAGAAAUUUACUAGGUACAGUGAAAGAGACAAAAAUGAUGAAAACUGCCUCCUGUCCUCAAGGGUUUGGUGGGCGAAAUUCAGCCGUAGUCACAUACAACUCUAUAAUGCUUUAUAUUGUUGUUGAUGUUAGAUUGCGUCAAGGCGGUUCCAACUCAUCGCAACCCAACAUUCAACGGCACAAAACACUGCCCAGACCUGUACCAUCCUCACAAUCGUUAUGCUGGAGCCCAUUGUUGCAGGCACUGUAUCAAUCCAUCUGGUUGAGGGCCUUCUUUUUCACUGACCCUCUACUCUACCAAGCAUGACAUCCUUCUCCAGAGACUGGUCCUUCCCGAUAACAUGUUCAAAGUGUGUGAGACAAAGUAUGCUUUUUAUAUAUCACCACAAUUUUACAGAGGCCUAGAGAAGGUACGUGGCUUUUGGAGGAUCACAAGACCAUUAGUGGGAACCAAAAGAGACAACGAUUACCAAGUAUUUUUGUAUAUUACUGUCUUAGUUUCCUAGGACCACAGUAACAGAAACCACAACAUGGGUGACUUUAAAGAACAGAAAUUUAUCUUCUCACAUUUCUGGAGGCUGGAAUCCCAAAUUUAGGACCUCGGCAGGGCUGUACUCUCUAUCUUCUGUAGUGGAAGGUCCUUCCUUGUGGUCCCAGGCAUUUCUUAGCUCCCCUGGCUCGUAGACAUGAUGUCUUUCCCCUGUGCGUGACUUUGUUUCCGUGUCCUCCCCUUUUAUAAGACACUACAAGAAGGAGCCUAAGAUCUCCAAAGGACAACCCUAUGCCCCCAAACAAGGUCACAGUCACAAACACAGGGGCUAGAACUUCAGUGUAUCUUUUUGGGAGACACAAGUCAAUCCAUAACAAUUACUAACCUUAAUGAAUAACAGAAGAAAAUGUGUUGAAAGAACUUAAAAAAAAAAAAAAAAGCCUAGUAGGAAAAAACAAAAACCCAUUGCCAUGAAGUCAGUUUCGACUCAUAGUGACCCUAUAGGACAGAGUAGAACUGCCCCAUACGGUUCCCAAAGAGCAGUUGGUGGAUUCAAACUGCCAAACAUUUUGUUAGCAGCUGAACUCUAAACCACUACCCCACCAGGUUUUCCUUGUAGGAAAGAGCAAGCUGUUAAGACUAACUGAGUGUGGAAAGAUGAAUUUUUUGUCAAUAGAUGCAUUACUGGGUAAGGAAAAUGCAUGAUUAAAGCCAUGGAAAUAAAGUGCAUGGGGCCAUGGGAUAGGAAAAAACCUACUAGAGUCGGAAUCGACUCGACGGCACUGGGUGGGUCUGGGUAGAGUUGGAGGGUAAAGUGGGAGCAAGGAUGUAGUGGAAUGAAAGACUGAGAAAUGUAGGUUGGAGACAGAGCACACUAAAAGAGGGAGUUCGUACUUCAUUUUAUAGGCAAUUGGAGAUCUUUGAGGAGAAAACUGUAGUUUCUGAUCUGUGUUUUGGUAAUAUCUUUCUAAUGCCAAACUAAAAUAUAGAGAUGCACCUGAAAGUACUUUAAGGGAAUUAGUGAGGAGGCUACUGUGAUUCUGUAAGUAAAACAUGACAGAAAUCUGAACUCUGCAUUGUCAUUCGUAAUGGAAGUUACAGAAGAGAUGUUUGACAGACAUUUUGGAAGUAAAUCAUCUUGAUACACCACUGCCUGUGGGGCAGUGAGGGGUAGUUAAAAAUUACUCAGAAGAGUCUGAAAAAGGUGUUGCCACUAUAGAUAAAGGGCAUCCAGACGAAGGACAAGUUUGGUUAGGUUGGGAGGAACGCGGUGGUGAAAGGGAAGUUAUGGGCAGAAGAUAACGGAUUUCCUUUCAAUCCGGUUAAAUUUAAUGUACAGAUAGGAUAAAUAUGGGAAGGCAUUCUGCAGUCACUUUAGAAAUGUAAUACAAUACUGAGAUGGGAGACAAGGGUUAGAGAUAAUAUUGUGGGAAAGUCCUCAGCGUAGAAAUGAUAGAAGAAACCAUGGGAGCAGAUGUGUGUAUUGACAUUGCAGUGAACACUCAGCACAACGCAUGACAAAUACCCCUGUUACCCAUUGUCUGCCACUAGAUUCCGACUCAUAGCAACCCCAUAUAGGUCAGAGUAGAACUUCCCCAUAGGGUUUCCAAGGCUGUAAAUCUUUAUAGAAGAAGGCUGCCACAUCUUUCUCCCACUAAGCUGCUGGUGGGUUCAAACCACUGACCUUUCGGAUGGCUGCCCAGCAAUUAACACUGCGCCUCCAGGGCCCCUUGCAUGGAAAAUAGUAGGGUCAAAUAAAUAUUUGUGGAAUGAAUAAACUGACAUUGGCAAGUGUUCUCAAACCAAAUAUUCAAAAAUGUCAAAGUAACACACCUUGGCUGUAAGAAGAUACCAUCCCAUUUAAAUUGAAAGAAUCUUUCACAAUAAAAAUUUUCAGCUAAAAAUCAAGGUACUGUCUGUUCAGAAAACUUUCUUCUUGCCAGUUCCUGUUGUUGCCCGGACAGGAGGUGUUCUGCUUACCAAAAAUUCCAAUUUAAUGGAUGGCUUGUAAUUGGCCCUGUAAAUGGAAUACUCAAAACUAGAAUUUUGCUAAACCAAAUUACAUUUUGCAUUGCUGAUUAAGAUCCAGGCGAAUUCCCCAGCUGAAUAUUUCUUGGAGUUCUCAGAAACUCAGGUUUAGCUGCUUCCUCACUUCUCUGAGGUUUAGGUUUGCAAAGCCUCUUUUAAGUUGUGUCUCAUUGCCCUCGCUUCCUUCCCCAGGGCACCAUCUCUUAAUAUGCUUAUAACCACAAGCCCUAAAAGAGCAAAAAUGGUGCUAAUUCUCCUCAGUCCUCACUGUCUUAGAAUAUUUUGUACUCUUCACAGAGUUGAGAAGAGGAAAUCUCUCCUCACAGGGCUGAGCCAUAGUCUCCGAGGUCCUCCUUACUUUCCUCUACUGAUUCCGCCCUCGGCCCUCAGCACCUAAGUUUCCCCUCACAGCCCUUAAACCACAAACCAACCCAAAC